CGUUGCCUACCCUUACUAGUGACCAGUCAGUAGUACUCUCACCACAUUAUUCCCACUCGCCCACUGGAGUCGACGGAGGUGAAAGUACCGAAGUUCCUCUGCCGUCCCGCCAAAACGCUCGAUUCUCUGCAGUCGCCUCUCUUCGUGUCUCUGCAACUUUCAGAAGUUCCGCAAAGAUGAGUACCAUGAAAUUCUGCCGCGAAUGCAACAACAUUCUUUACCCUAAGGAGGACAGGGAUCAGAAGUUGCUCCUCUACGCUUGUCGGAACUGCGACCACCAGGAAGUUGCAGAAAACUACUGUGUUUAUAGAAAUGAGGUGCAUCACUCUGCAGCAGAACGCACCCAGGUAUUGCAAGAUGUAGCUGCAGAUCCUACUCUCCCUCGCACUAAAGAUGUUCAAUGUGCUGAGUGUAAGCAUCACGAAGCUGUGUUUUUCCAGGCAACGGCCAGAGGAGAGGAAGGCAUGACGUUGUUCUUCGUCUGUUGCAACCCAAAUUGUGGGCAUCGCUGGAGAGAUUGAGGCGCUGGGAAGGAUUGCGGUGUAUGUUUCCAAAUGUGAGGCUUGCUGUGGAGUUCAAAGAGUUUCUUGGUCACGUGGAAUGUAUUCUAGUGUAGCCUUUUGUGGGCCGGAUUUGGGCUUGACGCGGCCGUUCAGAAACCCAUUAAUGCAUUUUAGGGUCUAUGUACUGCCCAUCGUUGUGCAUAAUUGAUGCCUCUCAUUUUCAAGAAAUAGGCUUUGAGUAGCAAAAUAGUGCUUUGCGGCCGUCUUAAGCACCUUUAGUGGUCCA